AUGGGUAGGCUUAUCAAAAACCACUGGGCUCGCCUCAUAGUCCUCACAGCGUCAGUCUACCAAAUAGGUAGCGCAAUCGAAGCCUUCAUCUGGCCGAAAAUAUUCUGGGACACCUGGACAAAGAACCUCGAUGGCGCCGUCAAACCAGUACCCGUUCUGCAAAUACUCAAUCUCCUAAUGGGCCUGCUCGGCGUCGCAUGGGAAUGGCCGUUGAAGUAUUUCGCCGGCACAAUGCCACAUCGCAGCAUCGAAUUCCGCCUCCUACUUUAUCCCCUCAGCUCGAUUCUGGCGGCGCUUAUAUACCAAGGCACGAAUGCCGCGAUAUACUAUCUCGUUGGGAUCUUGGUUUACUUCUGGGCGUAUAGUGAAGGCGAGGUUAUAUGUGCUGAACCUUGGACGUUACCCAGGCGGAUACCUUCGAAAGUAUAG